AUGAGUGAUCAAAAUGCCGAGAAGCUUUUGCAUCUCUGUCGUAAAAUCAGAAGCCUAGGCCUCAGAGAGCGCACUUCGAACUUUCAAGGCAAAAAAGUCACAUAUUUCAAAGGCAAGGACUUCAUGCUUUGUGUAUUCAAAAACAAAGAAUGGGUACAUUACAAUAAAGAUCUCAGCAAUGCCAAAGAUAUUUCUGACUUUGCAGAUGAGUAAAAUAUAUGCAGACUUGUCGAAAACAAGUUAAUUAUAAGGGUAGAAGCUGCCUUCAGAAAUGAGCAAUCAAAAACUCCUUUGAAUCUUUUCCCAUCAAGGAUUAGGAAAUUUGAAAAAGAAGGUUUUUAUUUAUGAAGCGAGAAGGUAGCUAAAUCUUUAUAAAUAAUUAAUCGUAUUUAGACAUUUUUGACAGAGGAAAAAUUGUAUUGCAAUUUCCUGUGGAUGGCGUUGUUUUGGCCUUAAUUUUCCCACUGAAAAAAUUUUUUGACUCGGCCAGUACCAUAUGGUUUGGUCAAACCAAAAAAUUUUCCCAGUGGGAAAAUCAAGGCCAAAAUAGCAUCAUUUAUGGGAAAAUCCCAUAUUAAAUUAUAAAAAAAUAAAAAGAGAGUAAGAAGAAAUGGUGGCAGGCUCCUUUACUAAUGUUUUUAGUUAUCGGCGUUAUUUUAGCCUGCUGCUUCCCUAUCUGGCCAAUCUGGGCAAAAUUAGGCUUAUGGUAUUUAUCUGUUAUUCUUUUAUGCUUAAUUCUCGGAGUAACCCUGAUUCGAUACAUAGUAUUCGGCUUAUUAUUUAUUUUCGGUAUUGAAUUUUGGAUUUUCCCUAACAUGUACGAUGACAGAGUAAAUUUCUAUAUAGGCUGGAUUCUGGGAAACACUUUCUCCUAUUUAUUUUUACAGAAAACGUGGAAUUUCCUGCUGUGAUCUAACCUUCAGGAUUUUAUUUUUCCUUAUAUUCAUAAGUGCCGGGACUUAUUUUUAUUUAUAUCCUGAUACUUUUGAACAUAUCCAAGAAGUCACAGUUGGAGGGAUUAAAGAUUUGGUUAACUGGGGUGAAGAAAAAAUUUUAUCGAAUUCUACACAAAUAGCAGGAAUUCCGAAUUACAGAAAAUAUGAUGACGUGCUCAAUGAAGAAGUAGCUGGAGGUUUUCAUAUGGAAGAUGAGGAAUAUUAA